GCCGCUGCGCCCCCGCCGCUGCCACCGCCUUUAAGGGAGCGGCCCCGCCCCGGGGCGGGGGAGGCGGCGCGGAACAGCGGCGGGAAUGGGGCUGGAGGCGCUGGGCCCGCGGGCCGUGCGCUGGGCGCUGCUGGCCGCCUUCGCCGCGGGGGUGGCGGUGGGCUGGCAGGCGAACCGCGCCCGGAGGCGCUUUCUCCGGUGGCGGCAGCAGCGCCUCCAGCAGCGCCUCGACGCCGCCCGGGAGAAGCUGGAAGCGGCCUGACACCAGGAGAGGUCCCGCUUCGCCUUGGUGGAUGCAGUGGGAGCAGGACCAGGAUUCACCCCACACUGUCGUUGGAGCUGGUGAAAUCUUUCUCAAAACGCUGCUGGAAAAGGACAGUAUCCCUAGGAUGCCACAGUGUCGGUUGUCCUUCGGAAGACAAGAUCCUGAACUGCAACAGGCUGCCUUAAGGAAACACUGAGAACAGAGGAACAGUGACAGCAAAUGUAUUUCCAUAUUCCAACAGGUUUUAUGUAUUUGUCUGAGCUCUUAAGUGCUGCUGCUGCAUUAAACUAGGGAAAA